CCGGAAGUGGCGGCCGCUGCGGAGGCGCCGGGCGGGAUGGGGGAGUCGAUCCCGCUGGGAGCGCCCGUGCCGGUGGAGCAGGCCGUGCUGGAGACCUUCUUCUCCCACCUGGGCAUCUUCUCCUACGACAAGGCCAAGGACAACGUGGAGAAGGAGCGGGAGGCCAACAAGAGCGCAGGGUCCAGCUGGCUGGCGCUGCUGGCCGGGCUGGCGCACCUGGCGGCGGCCGAGAAGGCCUAUCACAGCAUGACCUUCCUGGGACAGAAGCUAGGUGGUCAGUCAUUCUUCAGCCGAAAGGACUCCAUCCGAACCAUCUACACAUCUCUGCAUAAUGAGCUGAAGAAGGUGGUGGCGACGGGUCACAAUGCACUAGGAGGAACAGCUCCUCACUUGGAAGAGCUGCUUUCUCACCUGUCUGAACAGCUCUGUUUUUUUGUUCAGGCUCGGAUGGAAAUUGCUGACUUCUAUGAAAAAAUGUACACGCUCAGCACCCAAAAGUUCAUUAACUCUGAGGAACUGGUAAACAUUUUGGAAUCCAUCUUAAAGAAAUACAGCUCAAGAUUUCAUCAUCCAAUCCUCAGUCCUCUUGAAAGCAGUUUCCAGCUGGAAGUAGAUGUACUUGCACAUCUCUUAAAGGCUCAGGCUCAGAUCUCAGAGUGGAAGUUCCUUCCGUCCCUGGUCAACUUGCACAGUGCUCACACAAAACUACAGACUUGGGGUCAGAUUUUUGAGAAGCAGCGAGAGACCAAGAAGCACCUGUUUGGAGGGCAGUCUCAGAAGGCUGUGCAACCUCCACACCUCUUCCUCUGGCUGAUGAAGCUCAAAAACAUUCUCCUUGCCAAGUUUAGCUUUUACUUUCAUGAGGCCCUUAGUCGACAGACAACAGCAUCUGAAAUGAAAACUUUGACUGCUAAAACAAAUCCUGAUUACUUUGGGAAAAUUUCCAGCUUCAUCCGGAAGUAUGAUGCCGUCAAUGUUUCCUUAAUUUUUGACAAUCGUGGAUCAGAGAGUUUCCAGGGACAUGGUUAUCACCAUCCCCAUUCGUACAGGGAAGCCCCCAAAGGAGUGGAUCAGUACCCUGCAGUGGUGUCUCUGCCCAGUGACAGGCCUGUUAUGCACUGGCCCAAUGUGAUCAUGAUUAUGACUGAUAGAACCUCUGACCUCAACAGCUUGGAGAAGGUUGUUCACUUCUAUGAUGACAAAGUCCAAAGCACGUACUUUCUGACUCGCCCUGAACCUCACUUUACCAUUGUAGUUAUUUUUGAGUCCAAGAAGUCAGAAAGGGACUAUCAUUUUAUUUCUUUUCUCAAUGAAAUUUCACAUUCCCUUAAGAACUCCAAAGCUUUUGCGAGCUUGAAACCUGGAUCCAAAGGGUGAAAUACAGUCUAUUUACAAGUUGUCAAGGCAGUAUGUCAGCCUUGAGGGAGCUGUAGCUUGCAAGAGUUACAUAAAUUCAUUAUUCUCAGUCUAAUUGAAAAGGAACCUUUUUUUAAUGUUAUAAGUUCCUUUCUUUUAAGCUAACAGACACUUGAAAAGUAUUUUUGGGCAGUACUCUGUGGGGCAAUUUAAUUGUGGGGUGCCAAAUAGCCACGGUGGGAUUUUUUUGAUGUGGUUUUCAAUAUUCAGUAUGAUUUAUUUUUUCAGUCCACAAUUUUGUUGCCUGUAUCAGAAAGGAAUAUAUGCACUUUAUCUUAGUCUGAUCAUUGAUUGUCUUCUACAGAGUUUACUGAAAAUGUGGUAAGGAUGUAUCUUUUCAGAAAACUGCAUUGCCUGACAGGAAUGAUUUCUGGGAACUAACUGCUGAUGCAAGGGAAUAUUAGAAAAAGUGAACCUGCAAGGAUACAUUUUAAAUAAAAAUAUGAGAAUCAGGAAAAGCACUAUUGUUAAUUAUAAUUUAGUUUUCAAAGUGUUGAAAAUGAUAAUUGAGGUCUCUGACACUCUCUGAUAAGCACCAGUCUUGAUUCUAAAUGCCCUGUGUCACAAAACUCAGUCGUUGCUCCAGAACUUGGGCUGGGGCAAGAAAAACUGCAGCAUGGGCUGGAAGGCCAGUAUUCACUGGAGCACUGUGACAGUAAUAGUCUUGGCUCAGACUGUCUGAAGGAGACAAGCUGAAGUUGUGCAGCUGUUCUAGAAGGAGCAGCUCCAUGGAGAAAGCAGCAAAGCUGUUUUCAAAUUGUACUUUUUUCUGGCUAACUUGAAAGAGAAGCAAAGAAAGGUAGUAGGAAAUGCCCUUUGUAAAUGAUUUAUUUUCUAGUUUGCUGUUCAUCUCAACCUGGAUUUGUUUUCAGAUUUUUAUACGUGUAUAGUUUUUCCAAUCUGUUCGGUUUUAAAUAAUUUAAUAAUUAAGCCAAAACACUGGGGAUUUGGAUCUAAAUAUAUAGCCUAUGCAGUAUGUUUACCUCAUUCUAAAAUGUCUCCUUCACCACUUCUAGACUGCAGGUUUGGAAAAAAUGUGUUUUCUAGUUACCCUGAAAGUGCUUUAAUUUGGAAAUCAGUAUUUCCAAAUACAAUAAAAGGGUCAAUUUGGCUGUACCUGUAGCCUUACAUUGCAAGGUUCUUCUAACUGUUAGCUAUGCAGUUGUGCACGUGCUUUUGUGGGGAUUCGGGAGGACUUUUAUACAAAUAAAAGUGUAGUAAAAUUAAGUCGUUAGUUGACACUUUGUAAGGUAUAACAUCAGGUUUAAUUUAAAAGGGAGUUUAGGUCAAAAUGCUGGUUUCUGUUAAGACUGAAAUAUGAAAGGUACCAUUGCAAACAUGUCUUUUAAUGAUCCCCUUUCUCUUCCACUAAAGGUUCUGGUAACUUGUCUUGCCUGGCUGCAGUGCUGACUUUUUAACAGUCAUAUAAGCACAUUCUGUUAUCAAAAUACAAGCUCCGACUUGCCACUUUGUGCCAAAUGGAGCCUUCCAUGCUUUGCUGUAACUGUUGUGAAUAUCUGCUCUAUUGCCUUUCACCUGAAGUCUCGGUCUGACUUAAGCAUCACUCUCAAAAUCUCAGUUUGCUCUUUACCAUUGGAAAAAUAACCAGAGUUGCAAAUAUACCAGAAACCGGAGGGUACCUGUUUGUCACAGCGUUACACUUUGCAGCUUGAACUGCUCUUAACAGGACAAUGUUGCAAAUGACAGUAUUGAGAGAGUUCGAGUGCUUCCCUCCCUGGGACAGUGACCUUGUAAUAACAUUGUAAUUUUGACUUCCUCAGCCUGAGUAACAAGAGACUGUUGCCAGAACUGAUUCGCAGUCUUCAGCAGUGUAAUAAAGUGUUGUACAAAGUCUAUCUGCCUGUACAGUAUUUCCCUAUCAUACUAACUAUCUGUGGAAAAGGGGAGAGAAAACAGGAAAGAGGCUGUGCGUGGUACAGACACCUUCUUGCUCAUUUCUGAGUUGCAGGGGAUGAGUUGGAAGAAGUGAAAGAGAAAUCUGGUGCCCUUUGGAGCAGCUUUUAGCAGUUGUUGAAAUGGCUAGAGGCUGUUCCCAGUGGUUUUGAUGGGGAGAGGAAGAGGAGGUGACUGUUCAGCAGACCUGGUAGUUCACUUCACAUGCUCCUGCCACUGUGUUUGGCAAGUGGUGUCUCAGAACAGGGAAGGGAUGUUAGGUGAUGUUUCUGUGCAGGAGGAGGUGAGACUUGCUUUGCCUUUUAUCAGUUCUAAGGUGGUUUGCUGCAGUUUUCUUCACAGAAUCUUGGAGAAGCAGCCAGAGGGGCCUUCUGACUCAUGGGUAAGAAUUUCUGAAUAUUUUGGUUGAUGAAGGACCAAAAGGAGCCAUAACCAUUACCCUCAUAGUGUGGGAAGGGAGGGAAUGGGAGAGAUGUGCAGGCAGUGGAGAGAAUUGGGUGCUGGAGAAACUUUUUGUGGAGCUGUCUGGGUCUCAGAGUCCUGUCCCUUGUUAAGAUCUCAGCCUUAAACUAAUACAACAUGGGAAGUAGAAAAUUGAGGCUGUAGGAAGUAGCUUAGAGGAAAACAGGUGAAGCUGAAGAGAGGUGACACUAGAAUCAGUAUCAAAUAGUUUUGCAGAGUUGAGGUGUGCCAUACCAAAAACUGUGUGCUGUGUGAGUGCGUGUGAUGAAUGAAGAUAGAUUUGUCAGACCCAUGAAAACUUCUGGCACAGUUCUUAUUUGUUGCUUUGAGGGGUUUGUUUUAAAUUACAAACGAGGUAAUUGGGAGACUGAAUUGGCUUCAAACUGAAAGGGGAAAUUUAGGUUAGAUAUGUGGAAGAAAUUCUUUGCUGUGAGGGUGGUGAGGCACUGGAACAGGUUGCCCAGAGAAGUUAUGGAUGCCAUACUUGAACUGGUGUUCAAGACCAAGUUGGAUGGAGGUUUGAGCAACCUAAUCUAUAGUUCAAGGUGUCCCUGCCCAUAGCAAAGGGGUUGGAACUAGAUGAUUUUGAAAGUCCCUUCCAACCAACACCAUUCUAUAAUUCUAUAUCAAUGAUGUAAAAUUGGCUAGAUCAGUAAUGAAAACCUGCAUAAUUAAGCGAGGCGGAGAACAUGUCUGUGGAGUAAGUAAAGGAACCAGAAACUCAGUAACUGGAAAAAAAUAUAUUCAUUACUAACUUCAGUACUGGAAAGAUUGAUCAGUCUCUUUACUGUAAGAACUGGAAAACAAAUACACUUUUGCUGAACUGGGUGAUAUCCUAUCUGUCAGCUUUUCCUCUGCACCAGUGUAGCUAAGCAAGAUUAGAUGUACUAAUGUGCUUUAAAAGUCUUGUAUAAAUUACUGCUUCAAAUGCAAGAUAUAAAGAUACUUAUGAUGGUGUACUGAAAGCCAUCACUUCCAGAUGUAUUUAAGCGUUUUUAAAACAGGUACUGAGAUUUGAUAUUGCAAGUGCCACUCAGAUUGCUUAUAAUAGCAGUGUGGAAGCUUAUCUUGCAGUAAAUUGCAUGUACCUCAUCACUUACUUCAGUCCAUGAGGAUUUUGGCAGAAUAUUUAACUCAGUAUCCUUUUGCCUGCAGUGUGAUUUUUGACAGCAAAUGUAUUCUAAGAACUCUUAGGUGUUUUAUGUUUAUGUCUUGUAAGCUGUUUUCUUCAACAUAUGUUCAGGUUUUUGUCUUGAAUAAAAUGUCUUUCCUUUUCUCCUGCCUUUGCAUGAAGAGAGUGCAGGGAAUGGAGACUAUUAAUAUAUUUUGUAUUGUACUGCAAAGGACCGCAAUACAUGCAUAAUGUAGAUAAUAUUCAGGUUUUAAUGAUCUAAAAGUAAUGUAAGUUCCUGGUACCUAUUUGAAUACUAACACUUAUGGCUUAUCUAAUUGACUUAAAAAAAAAAAAAAAGGCUACAUUAGAACUGGAAUCAAUUUUAUGGCACUCACACAGUUAAUUAUUGCUCUGGCAUGCUCUUCAUACACAAACAUUUUGAAACAUUCGUGAUCGUUCUGGUGGUAGUUCUUUGAUAUAAUUUAUCUGAGGAUUCCUUGUGUACAUGCCAUAGGUCAGUCUGCUGCAGCCUUGUACUGCACUGGGUUCUGAUCUUCUCAUAACCAAGCUUUGCUUAAGAAAAUCAACAAUGUGCUAUAUUUCAUUUCUCAAGUCCUGUUUUUUGGCCCAGUGCCUACAACCCCUCCUCUUGCAGUAAGCACAGCUUGGCUGGUCCUGGGCUUGUGGUUCGCUUUGUGGUUGCUUCCAGAAGUGCUGGCACUAAGCUUAGUUGGCUGGAAAAUGUGGUGUUUCUGCCCUGUUUUCUCCGUAAGUCCUGUUUUCAGACUCUCAGAGAUGUCAGCCAGCCCUGCUGAGGUGGGUGCAACUGAGGCCAAGCACUGCUUAUUUGCUGGGGCUCUGCCUGAGCGGUCAGUGUCCUGCCCACUGGGGACAGCGGCUGUGGCUCAGCAGGGAUGGCCUUCGGGCUGCAAUUGUGCAAAGGCAGGAGCCGUUAUGGGAAGAGCAGGAGAGGCUCUGGAAAUGAGAAUGCUGACAAAGGACAGCAAUAGCAUAAUGCUUUGCAGAGCAGGCAGAAACAAUAUAGAAGUCAAAUGCAAGAUGGAAUUGGACUUUGAUUUCCUGUUAGCAAAGGACUGAUUUAAAGAUUAAGUCUCCUUUGGAGGAUAAAGGUAUCAGAUUUUUGCCAUGAAAUUACUUCAGGUACUCAGUCAUUUUCCUCCAGGAACUGCCUCUUUCCCUCUCUUGUGCAUGAAUGCAUUCAACAUAUUGCCUGACUUAUUUUUGCAAUUGUUAUGGGGCUUUUCUGUGAGAGUUUGCAGGCCUGAGUUUGGUUCUUCCCUAACUUUCAAUGUGGCAUAGCAGCUGGGUUUGUGGUAGGGUAACAAAGUUUUCCACCUUGUAGCUGGGACCUAGCUGUGCCCUGGCCGCACAUGGCAGCAUGAGAAGAGCAAAAUGUGGGAGGAGACAAGUCACUACAAGAUGGGCUGGAGCCGGUGACAGCUCUGGGACAGACAGGCAAGGAGAAAACAGAUGCUGAAGGACUGCCUUGCAGAUGGAUUGUGAGCAGAAGGUUUCUGUUGGCCCCUCUGUGUUGUGGCCUAAUUUCACAGGAAUCUGUAUAAAUUUUAUGUCCUGAAAAAGCUACGGUAGACCCCGCCUGCAGUUGCAGCUGCUUGUUUUAAUGUGACUUCUUUGAAAUAACUAUAGUGUUUCCAGGAUGGUGGUAUUUAAUCUCUAGGUACCAACAAUCUUGGCAAAGUGGCUGUUCUUGGGCAGGUGAUUAAGACAACCUUUGUGGUAUCGCACUGUUAGAUGGGAUAUGCUGGUACAGUGCUAUAAGCUAACAUCUGAAGCUUCAGAGCGGUGCAGUGUUGUGCUUUAUUUGUGCAGCUCACUGCUGAUAAGAUAGAAUAUUUAGUGGCACUAAACCUUUGGCUCUGUGGUGUAUGCUUUGUUUGCUACAAAGGUACUGAGAGGAUUGAAUUCUUCAGAUCAGAGCCAUAAAGAGCCAGCAUCGCCAUGUUCCUGCACUGGGAUGCACAACAUGGAACCAAGAAUUGUAAAUUUUCUGUGGAAAGGAUGAUGUGAUCUUUAGCAAAAUGAGGGCCAGUGAGAGAUGCUAAGGGAGGCUGGAGGUGGCUAAUUCCCAACCUUUGAUUUUUUGUCUUGGAGUUAGUCCUCUCUGGGAACACAAGCAGAGGGCGUUGUCUCCUCUAGUACAGAAUGGCCUGACAGUCUCUUGAGCUUUUACUUAGUAAAAUGUCAUACCCAAGUUCAAUGUAGUCUUUGACCAGAGGAUUCCAAGUCAACUUCUCAUUCUUUUCUGUGGUUGUGCAGAUGUUCAGCAGACCCUCCAAUUAUUUCCCCUGCUUUCUCAGGUGAGGAGUAAACUUCCUCUCCCUGGAUUAUUCUCUUGGCAAAUGGGGGAUGAGAAGUUCAAUUGUCUGAAGAGGAGAGACUCAUCUGCUUUGUGGGUGUGUGCAAUCAUCACUGUGUGAACAGUGAACAGUAACAAAAGGACCACCCUACCUUCAGGUGGAUCAAGGGUAGUGUCUGUAGCUUGGAGUUGCACAUCCUCCCAGUGCACUUGGGUCUGGUUCUUCAGGGACUGGUAGUGAUGCUUCACCAAGGACUGCCUGUGACUGCCUGAGACCUCCAUAUCAUCUAGAGGUAAAACUCCAGGAAUGUACAAGGCUUAAAGAAUGAAAACUUGGGUUAUGGUACCAUGCAUUUUAUGUGAGGGAUCAACAUUAGACUUGUAGCUGAGACUGCUUUUGCCUCCAGCAGUACAGCUGGCUCAUGUCCCCACUCUGAGAGAUGCCAGCUCUUGUCAGAGGGAAUGGAGUGGGGGUUUGGGAGCACUAACAGGUUUAGCCUUCUGCUUUUAAUCUGAUGAUGCAAAUAUGUCCAAACUGUUCAAAAAAGUUGGUGGAUUAUUCCCAUUCUAGGUGUAGAGCUUGCCUCUGAGUAAAGUGCCUGGAGCUCUGCUGAAGGCAAGAUGUGUAAGCUGAAUAAAAGCUAUCUUUCUCUUUUCUUCAUGCAUCCCUGUCCAGAGAGAAAGAAAUUACUUUGAACUGUCAAUGGAUAAUAGCUUUUGGGGAAAAACCUGAUCCUCAUUUAUCGUUACAGAAGCAAGGACUUACUGCAGUGAAUCAAGUCUCCACCCCACCCUCCUAAGAAAUUUAUCUACAAUUUCACCGGCAAAUUCAAUACAGAGAAAUGUAGCUGAUGAGCCAUCUCAUGAAGUUAUACUCUGCACUCAGGUUGGCUUUGCUUGGAGGACUCCAAAAUUUUGUACACUGAGUUUUUCCAACACAGCGGUUGCCUCAAGCUGGCUGACCUGCUGACUGUACCUCACGGUGAGAACGUGGGAGGCAAAUUUCCAAAAUUGUGCAUUACUCACUCUCAGGUAUAAAAAUAGAUGGGUAUAAAUCUUGGUCUAGCCUAGUGGGAUUUGUGGCACUAAUUUUUCUUGCUGUCCCCACAGACUGAAAUAUCCCUUAGAUGUAAGGCUCUCAAUAUCUAAAUAUGCUGUGGAUGCCUCAGGCUCAUCUAUACUUAGGAAUGAUUUGUUAAAACAGUGGCUACUACAUUAGGAAUGGGUCAUUCUAAUUGUUUCUGACUGAAAUUAUAAGAGAACGGUGAAAAAAAAAUCCCACCACCACCUUAUUGCUGAGUUUGUAGUAUGUCCAAGAAGGAGGUGCAAGUUUAGAGACAGAAUAAUCACAAGCUCUUGCCAUAAUCUACCUAUAAAGGUGUCAACCAAAGUAUCUUCAGGGGGCUGAUAAGGUAACAAUAUAUUGAAAGAGUAAGGCUCAUGCUUCAGAGUGUAAUUUGCUCACCAAGCACUGAGGGAAUCAUCUAUCUGCAUGGUUAUUCUGCAACUGUGCAUGAAAGGGACUUUAUUGUUUUAUGCUUUUCACAGUAGUGUUUUCUUAAGCACUUAUUUUUAUAAGUUAUGCUUGGAAAGAGCCAUAUACAGCUUUUUCCAAAGCUUAGGAGAUUCACGGACUGCAGAGUGUGGGCCCUUAAUUCAGUGCAGGUAAACAAAUUCCUACUUGCAAUUUUUGUACCAUUUCUUAAUGCAUGUGAUCAAUAUGUUAAAUGGCAUUUUUGCCUCAGUAAAGCCGAACAACUGCCACUAGAGGGUGGUGUUAAUACAAAAAGAAAAAAGUAAUUUGUAAUGUCUUUCCAGAAUAAAAUUAUUUAUGCUCUCCUACACAUUUAUAAACGUGGGAUAGAUUUUACUGCUCGAGUCAGAUUUGUUUGAAUCUUUUUGGCUUUUUUCCCCAUAGAGUGAUUUAUGUAGUUCUGUUUCAGCUGUAAACAGCAAUAGUGGGUAUCUUGUUUCAUACCUUAAUGUAUAUAUAAAUACUAAAACGGUGUUGUUUCACAUUCUUUGUGAGAAACUUUGAUAUUGAAUUGCAAAGAAAAAACUAUAAAAGAGGUUUUGUGAUUUUUUUUCUCUUAAAAACUACCCUUCACUUAAAAUUCAACUUCCAUUUUGGAAAAGAGGGAGUGGGGUUUUUUCUUCCUUGCCUUUUUCUUCCCAAACAGUGGGAAAACUACAUAUUAUUGUUUACCAAGGCAGUGCAGUCUGACCUGUUAAAGGCCACGUAGGGAGCAUUAGGCUAGGGUUUAAGCCUAAUGCAAAGUAAUAGGAUUUUGAUAGUCUAAUGUGGGCAGAGCUAUUAUGGUAUAUAACUAUAUGUAUAUAUACAUAUAGUAUAACAGUGUGUGUUUGUGUGUGUAUAUAUAUAUAUAUAUGAAAUAUGGUAUAACCAUAGGUAUAUGGUAUAUGACCAUAUAUGUCUGAUAUAUGAUUAUACUGUACUAGCCAAAGUGGGGUUAUACCACACCAACCCUGAGCAUUGGAGGCUGAGGUGCAGGGAUGGGGCAGUGCAAGGGAUGGGUGGUUCAGACCCUGGGGCCAGUGUUGUGCUGCUUUGGGUCACCACAGAACCAUAGAACGGUUUGUGUUGGAAGGGACCUUAAAGAUCAUCUAGUUCCAACCCCUUGCCAUGGCCAGAAACAUCUUCCACCUUUCACAAGCCCCACGAGAUGCUGCUGGGUGUGCUUGGGCGCAAGGGCUGUGGGCAGGUGCCUGUGCCACUCCACCCCUUCCCUUUGGCAUAGAGACAGGGAGUUUGCCAGUGCUACAGCCUGCACCAGCCCCAAGAAGAACCUGCAGGAGGCAAAGGAGGGGUGUGAGAAAUGAAGGGAAAGUGGAGGAGACACAAGGGUCAAAGAAGGAGCAGCCAACAGGGACCUUGUCUUCUCCCAUCUGUCCUCCAAGAGGAAGCACUUGCAGCAUUUGAUGCAGGCAUGGGCUUGCUAUGGCAGGGAGUCAUGUCAGGAUGGUGCCCCCAGACCACCAUAAACCGCUCCAAACCUAUUGCAUCCUCUUGUGAUGGCAGCCAAAGUUGUGCUUCACCCUCUGCCCCCAGACUGGGUAAAAACUCUGUAAUAAUAUUUAUUUUUCUUACUUCCAUUUUGGAAGGUAGCUGGAUGAAAAACAUUAUCUAGCAUUCAAACUUUUGGGCUUUGCUGUGCUCUGAAAAGCAUUAGUGUGUGUUUCCCUGUUGCUGUUUUACAUCACUGCACACAAUGACUACACUGCCAGGGAGGCAGUCUCCCAGGCUGAGCUGGAGUAUUAAAAUGAUAAUCACGUGGGUUUUGGUGGUGCACAGUAAACGCAUUCCUGCACCAUGACGAUGUUGAAAUCAUGGCUCUUCAGGGGACAGGACGGUGCCUUUCAACUGAUACUGUGACUGCGUGUCUAGGAUGCAAAUGCAGCAUGUAAAGCCACCCCAUGGUGAGCUGGAUUAAUGGAACAGAUUUUCAAUGACUCAUUGGGAAGAUGAAAUUUUCUACUUGCAUUUAAUCUUAGCCUAAUAAAUCACUCAGGGGAAAAAAAACCACAAAACCCAACAGUUAAAUGCAUGAAAUUAGUGCUCUGAUGUUGAGACAGACUUGGAUUUGGAGAACUGGCGGUGGUGGGAAGCUUGGCUGACAGUGUGGGGCUUGAGGGAACAGGGAAGGAGGUUGGAUUAAAUUGCAAAGAUAAAUUGGGGUGGGAGCAGCUGGAGGGCAGAGUUGUGUCCCCCAGUGGCUCCUCCUCCUUUGCAUGUUGACCACUGUGUGUGUGGUUAAAAACUAAUGAUGUUCAGCCAGUUACUAUAGCAAUGGUGUGGCAUGAGUUGUCAUGGUGAUGGAGCAGAAUUUUUCAUCACGUUUCUGCAGGAGGGUGAUGGAUGCCAUUUUAGGGGCUCUGAACUUGACCAUUUGCUUCAUAUCUUUUUCCUUGGUAGAAACACUUGCACAACUGUAGUCAGCGAACAUGUCCUCCCAGUACCAUUACCUGAUUUUUCAUGUUCUGAUGCUAAAUUCUUCUUCCACAUUUUUAAAGUUAAGAACACUCUGCUAAACCAUAAAUUGCUAAGUCUAACCUAAUUAUAUGCACUAUUAUUAUACAAGAGGUGUUAAUAAAACAUACUUCUGCUACUAAGGCUGUUUCUGGACGCUUAAUUUUGUGUGUGUUCUUCACCUCUUUAUCUGCCCAUGAUACAACUCAAUAGGACAUUGGUGCCCAUUUGAAAAAGAAAAUUAAGCUGAUCUGAAGUCAGUUUGCUUCAAAUACUCCCAUUUAGGACAGAAUAAUCACAGAAUAUGUUGAGUUGGAGGAGACCCACAAGAAUCAUUGAGUCUAAAUUCUUAACCCUGCACAGGACCACCCCCAAGAGUCACACCGUGUGCCUGAGUAUCAUCCAAAUGCUUCUUGAACUCCGUUAGGCUUGGUGCUGUAACUACUGCCCUGGAGAGCCUGUUCUAGCAUCUAACCACCCCUUGGGUGAAGAAUCUCUUUCUAAUAUCCAACCUAAACCUCCCUGACACAACUUCAGACCAUUUCCUUGGGUUCUGUCACUGGUAACCACAAAGAAGAGAUCAGUGUCUGCCCUUCCUCUUCUCCUCCUGAGGAUGUUGUAACUGCAAUGAGGUCUCCCCUCAGUCUCCUCUUCUCCAGGCUGAAGAGACAAAGUGCCCUCAGCCACUCCUCAUAUGGCUUCCCCUCAAGCUCCUUCACCAUCUUCAUUGCCCUCCUUUGGACACUCUCUAACAUGUCCUUCUUAUGUUGCCGUGCCCAAAACUGCACACAAUAUUCAGGGUGAGGCCACCCCAGUGCAGAGCAGAGCAGGACAAUCCCCUCCCUUGACCGGCUGGCGAUGCUUUGCCUGCUGCCCCCCAGGACAUGGUUGGCCCUCCUGGCUGUCAGGGCACUGCUGACUCAUGUUUAACUUGCCAUCAACCAGGACCCCCAGGUCCCUUUUCAUGGCACUGCUUUCCAGCAUCUCAUUCCCCAGUCUGUAUGAACAUCCAGGGUUGCCCCAUCCCAGGUGCAGAAUCUGGCACUUUCCCUUGUUGAACUUCGUAUAGUUUCAACAUGAUGUAUGUGCAGCCCUGGAAAUGCAUCUUUUUUUGCAGUUUUAUUUAAAUUGCCUUUGCUUUCUCUUCCUUCUUGGGCUUUAAGAGCAGUACACUGUACUUUUCCCUUACUUAUGAGCUACGCAUCAGCAUAGCUCCUCCUUGUCAGGACUUUUUUAAUACAGGUUAUCAACUGGACUAGUGCACUAUAUGUAAAUGAUAUUGCUUUGAGUGGUUCGUUCAUUAGAAGAGCAGGUGUAAUGCCUAUUUGACACCUAUAGAAACCAUUUCUUCAAUUGUGCAAGAAAGUAACCUAGACUGCAGAGCACAUUCAGCAAUUUGGCUUUGUAAGGAUAGAAAUGUAUUCAGCUUGACUCAAGACGAUGGCUAUUUUAAAAGAACAUAACAUUCUGCUCAUCAGCUGCUUUUAAAAAUCCCUAAACCCUUCACUACAUGUAAGUUUCUGUGCUAAACCAUACACCUCAAAAUGAAGCUGAUAAAUGGCAGUUAGUGGUGUUUCACAACAGGGCUUACAUGCUGCUUCCAUAAACUCUCAUUUGCAGUCACCAGGAAGUCCAGAGAAGGGAAAAUCUGAAUUUGGGUUUUACAACUUAAUAGCACUGAUAUUUCAUCAUUGUCCUCAAUUUCAUUUUGUCCUGUGCUUUUUAACAGGUAAAUUUGUGGUGUGCCAGCAGAACUGUAUUAAUUGCCAGGGAGCAUAGGAACAGUAUUGGCUCAUAAACAUCUUGAGAUUUGGACCUGUAUAGUGCUUGGGUAGGAAUCUGGGUUAUGCUUGAGACUGCGUCACUUUGGAUUUAGGAAAGUUAUCACAGUGAUAUGUUUAAAGUCCUUUUUGUUUUGAAAAGCUCUGAUUGCUGCAUGCUUCAGCAUAUGACUAAUGUGAGGAGCUCCUGUUCACUACAUGCCCUGGAGUGCUUGUUCUUGUUCCUCUAAGCUAAUCCCAGCUCUUACAGCAUCACUGUUGACAUCUACCAAAGCUAGGGUGUUUUUUUCUUUUAGUUUCCCCCUUGUUUAGAGCUUUAUAAUUAUCCCAAUAAAUGAUGUUGAACUCAUUAAUCUAAGAAACUAAGUUUUCAGAAAUUCACUGAGCUGUGUGGUUUCCAUGUACUAAUUUAAAAAAAAAAAAAAAGGUGAGGCCUUGGGGUGAGUAAACUCUCAGCUGCAGGUUGCUGAGCUACCACUGUGUGCUGGUUCUGGUUUUGCAAACAUGGGUCUCUCUUAGAGAUUAAGUACAGAGCUAAGUGGACCUGUAGUCAAACCUGGUGCAGCCCUCCUCAACUGGCUUCUUUACAGGCUUCUCAGGGCCAUUAGUUUUACAAGAAGCCGUGUGAAAUAUUGGGAAAGUGGUGUUCCAUCUCACUAAAGAUCUGGCAGGUGUGACACCUCUGUUGUAUUAUCUCAUUGUCCCACCAUUUGUUGUUUUUCAUGCAAAAUGUUCUGAGCUUUUGCUCACUUGAAUCACAAGAGCUGGACUUAAAUCCACAGUGUCUUUGGGUUGUCCCAUUGACACAAAAAAAUAAUUGCAAAGUGGGAGGCCUGUGCAGGGCCCAUCUUAUUCUUCAGGUGUUGCAUCAGCCCUGGAAGCCGUUCAAAACCUCCUCAGAUUGUCCCUGCUCUCCGCUUAGAUCUGCUCAGUCUACUUUUGUUUGGGUUAAUACAAGUCUGCGGUCAUGGGGCAAUUGCAAAUAAAUGAAGUAUGAAAGACUUCAUAGGAUCUGUAUUUGGAUAUUUAUUCAGGCAUAAACUGUGAUGUGAAUGCAGCUGGGUCCCAGAUCCAGUGAUGCCAGCAAAUAAAGAUUUGUAAGCUGUGCUAUUGUUCUACAGGUAUAUUAUUGUGUGUGACUUUUGGAGAGUGACCUCAAUAAAGCUCCUACCUAUGAUGA